UCUCACAUAUAUAUUCCGAACGGUGGAAAUCUUCGCCAACUUGCAAAUUGCAACAAUACGAUCAUGUUGAUGCGCGCGAGCUCUCUCUUCCUUAUCCUCUCACUCACAGUGUCUCCGAGCGUGCAGCUCUGCGCCCCGGACUGCGCGGGCGUGGACCCCGGAACCAAAGUGCGGGACCCCACCGACUGCACCAGGUACUACGUCUGCGUCGACGCUUCUGGCGAUGGCAUCUUAUUGCCCUCCGAGCCGGUGAGCUGUCCCGAUGGCCAGUACUUCAAUGAGUACCACACCUUGCCUCGCUGCGACCCCAUAGCCGACGCUCAGGGCGACUUCUGCUCUAAUCUGUGCAACCCGUGCAAACCACACUGCGUCAGUCCGGGGGAUCUCACGCCGCACCCGACCAAGUGCUACACAUACUACGUCUGCCUUCAGAACGGCCACUACCUCGAAGAAGAAUGCACUUCCCCCAACUUCUACUUCGACUACAUGGCAAGUGCUUGCCAGAGCGACGACACCCUCUGCUACAACUACUGCGACAUCUGCGUGCCUCACUGCACCCAGCGCAACGAGCGCGUGCCGGACCCCACAGACUGCCACAGGUUCUACCUUUGCACGCCGCCCACCGUGUCGAACUUCCUUUGCCCGCACAACCAGGUCUUCAGCAGAGUGACGCUGGAGUGUGAGGACGGGGCGACGUGCGUGGUCGACUGCCCUUCAUCAUAGAUUUCAUAAUGUAAAGGCAGAAAUAAAUAUAAAGAUGAAAAAAUAG